AAAACUCUCCUCAAGUUCACGAGAUAGACCAUAGGAUUGAAGUUAUAUCUAGAGAACUGAAAGAAGUACAACUUGAUAAACCUUCUAAGAGUAGUUUAAAGCUAUCAAACAAGAAGGACGUGUAUUAUUCUAAUAACGAACAUGAUACUGAAGUUACAACGACUAAGAUCUCUAAGAUUGCUAGAUCUCUUCACAAAAAUAAAGUUCAAGAACCAGAAAUUAUUGAACUAUUAACAAUAUGCGAACAAACGCGAAUUUAUUCUUUUCAGGAAUUUUUAGGAUUAGAGAGCAUGAAAAACGUGGUUAAAAUUGGAGAGGCAAGCUUUUCAGAGGUAUUCGCGGGUUAUGCGCCCAAAUUCACCUCGGUAAAAACAAAAUGUGUCUUUAAGAUUAUUCCAUUUGGACGCGGAGCAGAGGUUCUAGUCAACGGUGAAGCGCAAUGUACUAUAAAGGAUAUCUCUCAAGAAGUUAAAAUAACACGUGAACUAGGAGGAAGGACUGGACUUGAUUCUUCGCUAAGAGUCGGUUUCUUGCAGUUAUACAGGUACAAGACAAAAUAUUAUAUUUUAUUUCCUCUAAAACAUACUUUUUAUCUUGAUAAUAAAUUCCAUAUUAGUGUUGGCAUAUGUUGUGGUAAAUAUCCCAUAGAAUUACUCGAUGAAUGGGAUAGAUGGGAUGUGGAAUUUAAUUCGGAAAAUGAACGCCCAGACUAUUUCGAUGCCAAACAGCUUUAUGUGAUAUUCGUUGUUGAGCACGGAGGAAUUUCCCUUGAAAACUUUAAGCUAAAAAAUUGGGAACAAGCCUGGAGUUUACUUUCUCAAGUUGGAUGGGCUUUAGCUCAAGCAGAGCAGCAUAGGGAUUUACAUUGGGGUAAUAUUACAAUAAAACCCACAAAGAAUCAGGUUGUAUCAUAUGAAUUACCCUCAGCGGAAGUCAAUGUGCAAGUUCCUACAGGUGGUAUACGAGCUUUUAUAAUUGACUACACAUUAUCUCGGAUGCAACGUGAAAAUGAGAUUAUUCAUGUUGAUCUACUAGAUGAAACAUAUUUUACAGGCCAAG